CGAAAACACUUUCUGCAUCAUGCAAUGGUAGAAUGGCAGAUGCAGGCAUCCAGUGCGCUUCCGCACGCUCUGCUGCUAGGUUCGUUCAUCGUCUCGACAUCCAAUGCGUCCCAGCCUCGCGACUACACACUAAAAUAGAGCACUUUCAUCAUCGCUCCAUGUCCUCGCCCGUCCCCAAGGCCGCACCUCUUCCCUCCCAUAUCAGCAUAUCCGCAAAGAGGUAUCAUCCCAUCUCCACCAUCAUCCCGUAAUGUAACGGAAAUGCAUUAAGAUAGGAACCAUCCAUCCGCGAUGCAUGCCCACACACACACACACACACACACACACACACACACACACACACACACACAUCU